AUGUUCACCUCCAAGGUCCACGUCCGCCCGUACCUAGAGGAUGCAGAGACUGGUCCUAGCAUCCAAUGGGCUAAAGCACAAGCUAUUCGUCUGAACGCUCACGUUCAGGUGGGAUACCCAGAGAAGAGGGUUGUCAACAAGACAAAGCCGUUCGAGGAAGAGUAUUAUAACUCUGUCGCCUUUGUCUCUCCCCAGGGUGUUCUUCUGAAUACCUAUGCGAAGCACUUUUUGUAUUACACGGACGAGAACUGGGCCGAGGAGGGGCCUUCUUUUGAGUCUAUGCCCGUUGAAGGGCUGGGCCAGGUGGGAUUCGGGAUCUGCAUGGACGUGAACCCCUACCAAUUCAAGACCUCCUUCUCCGAUUUCGAAUUCUCUACUUUCCAUGUCGGACAAAGGUCCAAUUUGCUCUUGUGUUCCAUGGCAUGGAACAAGGGUGAGGAAGCACCCAGGAAGGAGAAGGUCGUGCCCAAGCCUAAAUCGGAAAAGUCCAAAGCGCGAUUGGAAAGUCAAAAAGAGCAGCGGAAGGAUCCUGGCGAGUCGGUUGAUGAUCCGCGAGUGGCGGAGACCGAAGGUGGUGAGAACGAUGCAGCAGAGACGGAAGGGGAUGAGGAUGAGGGAGAGUGGGAAGAUGAGCAAGACGAGGCAGAGAUCGAGAGGGAAGCGCAAGAACUUCAGUAUGAGACGAUCCAUUACUGGGCGGUUCGGAUGAGCCCAUUCUACAAGCAGCAGGAGAAGGCAGGUGGCAAGGAACCAUUCCUGGAGACUUAUCUCGCCAUAGCCAACAGACUCGGAACUGAAUCCGGUAGGGUGUGA